GAAAUCAUGUGAUAACGCAUACCUUUCGUUCAACGAACAAAGCAAUUGGAACAGAGCAAAUCCAAAACUGCUUCAUUCAAUCAAGCUAGAGCUUGGAUUUUGUUGUUGUUCUGGACUGCGUGUGUUUUGACUGUGAUAUUUUUUUUUCAUUUUGGUUCCAGUCAGUCUAAAAUCACAAGAAAAAAAAACCUCAUCAACUUAUUUCGAUAAUCUUAAAAGUGCUUUUCAAUGGAUAGAGGUUUUAUAUUUCCACGAUAAAGCAUUUCGGUGUUAUCUCUGAAUACGAAAGAAUUGCUUAGUACCAGCAAGCAUAAGGCUUUCAUGCUUAUUAUUUCGCAAAAUGACGAGUGUACCCAAGUUAACUCUAACUAUAGAUGACAGCAAUGUAAUUGAAGGCGCUAAGGAAGUAUUGAAAGUAAUUAGGCCCCAGUGGACGAGCGAAAGCGUCAAUUUUAAGCUUUUUACUGAUGGCAUAACGAAUAAAUUAGUUGGAUGCUUCAACCAAAGUGAUAACAAUGCAUCCAGUGAUGUCGUCCUUAUUCGAGUGUAUGGCAAUAAAACGGAUUUACUCAUAGAUCGUCAUGAAGAGACAAAAAAUAUAAUACUACUGCAUAAACAUGGCUAUGCACCGGCUCUAUACGCGACAUUUAUCAAUGGGUUGGCAUAUGAGUAUGUAUCUGGAAACACGUUGACUCCCGAAAGCUGCAGAGAAGAAUCAAUAUGGAAAUUGGUGGCUAAACGUAUGGCUCAAAUGCAUAAAGUGGUUGAUGAAUCUUCAGUUAUUGGAAUAGCUGCACUACCAAAGAAAAUGGAAAAAUUUCUCAAGUUGAUUCCUGAUGUGUUUUCCGAUCCAGUGAAAAAUUCUAGAAUAUCACAGAUAUUUCCAAGCGCAAUGGAUUUAAGAUCGGAGUUUAAGCAUCUGUAUGGGAAACUGCAAAAGUUGAACAGUCCCAUAGUGUUCUGUCACAACGAUUUGUUGCUAGGCAAUGUAAUUCACACAGCAGACAAAAAUCGUGUUACAUUUAUCGACUAUGAGUAUGCUGCCUACAAUCAUCAAGCUUUCGACAUUGGGAACCAUUUUACAGAGUUUGCUGGAAUUGAUCAGAUCGACUACGACCGCUACCCGUCAAAGGAAUUUCAACUUCAAUGGUUAAGUGUUUACUUGGAAGAAUUCAAUGGCUGCCAAAGUUCUUCAAAUGAAGUUGAAAAAUUGUACGUGGAUGUUAAUCAGUUUGCUUUGGCAUCGCAUUUGUUAUGGACAGUCUGGGCACUUAUACAAGCUGAACAUUCUACCAUUGACUUCGAUUUUGUACGAUUUGGAGAGAUGCGCUACACAGAGUAUGUUCGUAGAAAAGAAGAGUUUUUAUCACUAAACUACAAAGAUUAAUAUGGAUAAUGGUAUCAUAGUGGCUUCAACCUGCUGAUGCAAUCAAUAUCUCAGUGCAACAAUGAAUCAUUCCUUUAUUAUUCAGUAAUAUAUUAAGCAACACUUUUAGAAAAUGAAAAUAU